UCUCCCGCGGAGCUGCGGGGAGAUGAAGCUCGGCGAGCUUUAUCUCGGUGCGGCGGCCGUUCCCGUCCCGCGUGGGGUGCGGCACGCACACGGGGGCCCCGAGGUGCGCACGUCGGGGCAGCCCUCGGCGGAGGCACGCGAAGCAGAAGUGCUCGCCCGCUGCUUCCCAUGGCACAGCGGCCCCGUCUCACUCAGGAAGCGGUCGGGACGGAGAGCCUCGCAGCACGGGCGGUGCUGUCCGCCUGCUGCGUCGAGCGGGCGGGAGGUGCCGCUAAAACAAAGCGGGGCAGGACGGAGGCUAAAAAGUGCCGGCGGGGUUGGGAGGCACCUGUAUGUGGUGCCGCUGCGCUGAGCUGGAGGCAGGGGAGCAGCGGGCGCGGAGCUUUUGGCACCGCUGUCGGAUCUUGGCAGCAGCUGGAGGAAGCACGGCGGGGCGCGGAAAGCCGUGCCGGAGCUGCCCGGCUGCUCGCCAUGCGUGAGGCCGCUCUGCUGCUCCUGGUGCUGGGGCUGCAGCAGGCCGAGGGCCGGUGCGUCUUCAACCGCACGCAGGAGUACUGCCUGUGCUACAGGCUGACCGAGCAGAGCGCCGGGAGCGUCAUCCAGUGCCUCGCUGCCUCUACCGUGGAGUUCCAGGGGGGAGACCUGGAGAAAUACGCUGACUUCCCCAUCAAGGACCUGGACGACUCCACCAUUGACAUGCUUGGCAGCCUGGAAAUCAGGAAGAUCGUUUUUUCGGACCUUCUGGUUCCCGAGGUCCUCCUGGCCCGCGUCCUGCAGUUCUUCUCCUACACUCGGGUGCAGGAGAUGGCGUUCGAGAGCUGCAGCUUCGUGGGGAGGAGCAGCUGGGCGGACAUGGCGGGCCAGGCCUUGCCUAUCCUGUCACUGCGCUUCCACAAUGUGACGGCCGCCGCGCUGGAGGGCCGCGAGCAGGACCUGUCCCCGCUCAGCCGCUGGCUGGGAGCCCUGCAGGAGCUGUCGGUCACCGCCUCGCACCUGGCCGUGCUGCCCUGCACCGUGGGCCGGGCGCUGCGGGCCCUGCGUUCACUGGACCUGGCGCAUAACAGCCUGGGGGACGACGGCCUGGCGCCCGCCUUCUGCCGGGGGGCCUUCACGCAGCUGCAGGUGCUGAGCCUGCGGCACAACAACCUGACGUCGUACCACACUGUGUGUGGCAGCGUGCGGCUGCUGGGCGAGCUGCGGCACCUGGAUCUCAGCCACAACGCGCUCAGCGCCGGCGCGCCUUCAUCCUCCUGCCAGUGGCCGGCGACCCUCCGCGUCCUUAACUUGUCCAACGCCGGCUUGGACGAAGUGCUCACACCUCUGCCCCCCGCUCUGGAGGUGCUGGACCUGAGCUCCAACCGCCUCCACGCUGCGGACAUCUCCCUGCGCUCCCUGCAGAUGCUCCUCCUCAGCCGCAACGCUCUGCAGGCCGUGCCGUCCAUCCGGGGCUGCCCCGCGCUGCACACCCUGCACCUGGACGACAACCUGAUCGCGGAGAUGCCGCGGGAUGAGGUGCAGCUGCUGGAGCGCCUGCGAGAUGUGGCCGCGGCCGGAAACCCCUUCAACUGCACCUGCCAUGGGGCCGGGGCCGUGCAGGCGCUGGCGGCCGCGGGGUGCCUGGGGCAGGGCUGGCCGCAGGGCUACGUGUGCCACGCGCCUGCCCGCUACCGGGGCGUGCUGCUGCAGGACGUGCCCACCUCCCUGCUGCGCUGCAGCCCCGCCGCCGUGCUGGCUCCUGUCUGCACAGGCCUGGCGCUGCUCUGCGUGGCCGUGGCUGGCGGGCUGCUGUGGGCGCGGAGAGCACGGCCCAGGUGGUUGUGUGGCCGGAGGCCACGGGAGGAUGCUGUGGAGCGGGACUGCACCCAGCACUGUCCUGCAGCGGUGGUGGCUUUCCAACACGAGCUUUGAAAAUCCUCUUAGAAGCAUUAAGGUUGGAAAAGACCCCUUGAGAUCGAGUCCAACCACAACCUCACCAUGCUACCUGAAUGCUUACAGCGCUCCGCUAGGUCAUGUCCCUGAGCACCACACGCAGAUGAUUGUUGAACGCAUUCAGAGAUGGUGACUCAACCACCUCCCUGGGGAGCCUAUUCCAGUGCUUAACAACCCUUUCCAUAAAUAAGUUUGUCCUGAUAUCCAAGCUAAACCUCCCCUGGCACAACUUGAGGCCAUUUCCCCUCGUCCUGUCACCUGCCACCAGCGAGAAGAGACCAACCCCGCUCUGCUGCAAUCACCUUUCAGAUAUUGGAAGGGAGCAAUAAGGUCUCCUCUCAUCCUCCUCUUCCCCAGACCAAACGGCCCCAGUUCUUUCAGUCUCUCUCACAGGCCAUAUUCUCCAAUCCCUUCCCCAGCCUUGCUGCCCUUCUUUGCACCUGCUCCAGCACCUCCAUGUCCUUUCUGUACUGAGGUGCCCAAAGCUGAACACAGCACUGGAGGUGAGGCCUCACCAGUGCCGAGUGCAGGGCAGGAUGACUUCCCUGGUCCUGCUCACCACUCCAUUCCUGAUCCAAGCCAGGAUGUCACUGGCCUUCUUGGCCACCUGGGCACACUGCUGGCUCACAUUCAGCCCACUGUCCAUCUGCACACCAAGGUCCCUUUCCAUCAGCUUUUCAGCCACUCCUCCCCAAGCCUGUAGGGCUGCCUGGGGUUGUUGUGACCAAAAUGCAGGACCCGACACUUGGCCCUAUUGAAACUGAUACUGUUUAUCUCGACCCAGUCUAUCCAGUCCCUCUGUAGUGCCUUUCUCCCCUCAGGCAGAUCACACUCCCUCCAAACUUGGUGUAGUCCAUGAACUUACUGAGGGUGUACGCAGUCCCCUAAUCAAGAUGGUUAAUAAAGAUGUUAAACAGAAGCAGC